AUGCAACAACACCCGUCUCUCACGCUCCGUUCUUCGCAGUCUGUGUCGAAGUGCCGAAACGAGAUCGAGGAGCAGGAUCUAUCCGUGUUGUUCUCGUCGUUGGCCAAGGUCAUGAUCGAGGAAAGCAUGGGCGCUGCGCGCGUGUUCAAUGUAGAUGAGACCGCGGUCAACACUACUAGGGAGCACAAGCAGGUCAUUGCUGCGAAAGGAUCUAAGAACGUCUGGCACAAGUACGUCAAGACGCACUUC